AUGUCGACAUCAUCUAGUAGCCACCCUACCCAGGGUGAUCAUAUCCAGGAUUUGCGCACUUUGCUGCAGGAGAUGAUACUAUCAGAGUCGUCGUUUGACACCGUCACUUGGAGCCGCAAGACAACUGAAGAGUCUAUCACACUGUCAAGAUCAUCGCUCCCGCAAUCCAGAUGUUCCAGCACUCGUUCUUUCCCCAAAAAAACAGUGCCCAUUCCUCCUUCUACCCCACCUCGCAUGUCUACCCCACCCCACCCCCAGCCUCAGGCUUUGCAAACGGUCACCCAGACACCCUGCCAAGUCACAGCAGUUCUAAAACCUAGCGAUAUCCGUCCUCCACGAGCUGAUGAGGUACCUGAGGGAUUCUGGGCGAUAACAGUCGGGCAGGAAGUUGGUGUGUUCUACCGCUGGGCUGACGUCGCUGAACGAACAAAUUUCGUCAGUGGUAAUGUUCAGAAAGGGUACCCAUCAUUUCAGCAAGCAUUGACUGCAUACACGGUCAAAUAUGACGAAGGCAGAGUCCGGGCAGUUCCACUGCCAGGUGGUCCUUUCUGGCCAUCCCCUCCAGAGUCCUCACCCAACAUUCCUUCACCUGUAGACUCAUCUGCGAGUUCAGACUCGCAUGAUCUGUGGUCGCAGCUUGAGGACUUGACGGAGACAAUGAGCCAACUCUAA